AAAAAAAGCAGUAAAACAUCGUUUUUAAACAUUGACUAUUUUAUUAUCGUUCUUACUAUCUGCAGAUUCUCCUCCUUCCAAGCGUUCAAAUGUGUCCUCAAAGAAGUGGCCGACCUCGCCGGGCAGCGGGAGGUCGUUGCCGAAAACCUCCAGUUACAAGUCCUCCAGGGUAUCAGUCUAUUGGCCAAAAAUUUAAGGGACGAACGAAAAAAGUCCCUCAACGAAGGUGCACUGCUCACACAGAACCUCAACAGUCAGAUAGCGGCCCUAGACCGGGCGAAACGAAACUACGAGAAGGCGUUUCGAGAGGCAGAAAAAUCCAUCGACAGUUACCAGAGGGCGGACGCAGACCUAAAUCUAAGUAGGGCUGAGGUGGAGAAGCAGCGAAACAACAUGAACAUCCGCUGCGGUCAGUCGGAGGAUGCAAAAAACGAAUACGCUAACCAGCUGCAGAAGACCAACAAACUGCAGCAGACGCAUUUUGAAUCGUCGUUGCCAGAGGUUUUUAACCGAUUACAAGAGUUGGACGAGAAGAGAACACGAGGACUGAAGGAAUUCAUUAAGGGUGGAGCGGACGUGGAAUCGGCGGUGGCACCCAUUAUUGCGAGGUGCCUUGAGGGCAUGGUCAAAGCAGCGGACGCCAUCAACGAGAAGGAAGACUCACUCAAAGUCAUAGAAAAGUAUCAAUCAGGCUUCCAACCUCCCGGGGAUUUGCCGUUCGAGGAUCUCUCGAAGGCGGACUCGGACACCUCCAAUAACUCGCAGACCUACACCUCAACCAGCGGACUGAAUCACCUCACGGCAAAAGGAACGACGACGCAGAAGCUGAAAAAGCGCGUUGGAAUUUUUGGCAUCUUUGCCAGCAAUAAGAAGAUUGUUGAAGCCUGCAUUCAAGUGAAGAACAACCUCUCCACGGACGGUAUGAAGGAAGAUUUCAGUGACCUACCCCCAACGCAGAGGCGGAAAAAGUUAGCCGGCAAAGUGCAAGAACUGCAGCAAAAGGUGGCGCAAGAGCAGGCCGCUAGUGAAGGACUGAUGAAGAUGAAGGGUGUCUAUGAAGCGAAUUCUCUGCUUGGUGAUCCACGAUCGGUGGAAGAACAGCUAAACGAAUCGGUCAACAAGUUAGAUAAGCUAAGAAUGGAACUGCAGCGAUACCAGAAACUGCUCGACCAAGCCAAUAGCCAAACCAUCGUCCAGCACAGUCCUCAAGCGAAUCGGGUGAUACAAAACGGACAACGGUCGUCCAGACAUUCCAAUGGGAGCAACCAUCACGACCACCACAAUGAUGACCACGGCGAAGACCACCCCGACCAUGACGCUGGCAGUUUAAGCAGGUCAGCAUCAGAGAGUAGUGUACAGCAAGCGCAAAAUGGGCUUAAUAUUAACAAUAACGGUAGCUCAGCCAGUCCCGAGAGUGGUCUUGGGACGUCCCACACAUCGCUACCCGGUUCCGGUCAGGGUAGCACCAACGACCAGCCUAUUAAUGACGAAAUGUAUUACGAAGCAGAAGCCCUACCGCCACUAGGCACCUGCAAAGCAUUGUAUCCCUUCGAUGCAACGAGUGAAGGAAGCAUUCCAAUGUCGGAGGGCGAGGAGCUUUUGGUGAUAGAACUCGACCAGGGUGACGGUUGGACCCGAGUUCGAAGGUUAUGUGGUCCCAAUGGAUGGGAAGAAGGAUUCGUACCGACCAGCUACAUUGAAAGUACGCUGUAUGCGUAGUGUUGAUCACAACGCAGCUUCAAUUCACAAUGAAAUGCCAACCACAGCAAAGGUAAGCGAUACAAGUAUCGAUUUUCAAAACAGUCAACCAUGCUCGUUUAUAGCCACAAAUAAUAAACAAUGUAAUAAAUGUUGACGAACAGCAAACGAUACAUAAACUCCUGUAAAUAUUUAAAUAAAUUCCUUAAAAUUAGAAUCAAAACAACUGGAAGGAUGGUAAGCUACUAUUAAUGUGAUAGUAGGGCAUGUCAUUAAGCAUUCAGAGAUAAGAACCUAACGAAAUCAAUUUAGCGUGUAAGGUUAAAAUAAAUUAUUACGUAUGUAACCGUUCUGGUAAAUGUGCAAAUCGAAUCAAUUGCCUUGUUGCUUGGUUCAGUAUGUUUCAGCUUUCUUCAAUGGAUGAGCUAACGAAAAAACGAAGUCGAAUCCGUUGCAUCGUUAACUGAGAAACUUUAUUAUUACAGUAUACUUCAACAUGCGAUAGUAGAUCAAUUUAGCUUAGUUAUAUUGACAAGCCGUCUGUUUUUAUUCAAUUGUAAUUGUAUGUGAGCCUGAGAGAAUGAAUAAGUUAGAACGAUUGUUGGUAAUGCGAACAUCAAUGCUCAAAAAAUAAGAUUUAUUUUUGUUUUAAUAAUUUUGUAACAUAAUAAUGACUAAAAUUCAUUAACCAAUAUAAAAGCGAGAGAAGGAAUAGUCUACCCAUUUCUUUCGAAAUAUGUCGCUAACAUUGCCAUUAAUCAUUACAAAAAUGAGAAAACAAAAUUUAGGGAGUCAUUUAAUUUUCCUUUCUUUGAAAGAAAUAUUGCAUAAUAAAAAGCUUCACCCAUAUCUACGAAUUACAAAGUAACGAACAAAACAACAUGUCACUACACAGACAUAACUGCUAUCUACUAAACCAGAUAAAAAAUAGCACUGUGUAUAAAACAUCCAUAGGCAUCUCACUUGAAAAAUGCAGAUGAAAUUUACCUGAACCCCCAGAAUACUAUUACAAAGUAGGAGUGCAACGAUUAGAACUUCAGAAUGUUUCAAUCUUCUCGACAACCGAACCUACAAUCUAUAACAGCAUUGAAACUUCAAAUAAACUCAGAACAAAUAA